CGGGAGCCCCGGGCGAUGCCUGCGGGAUUUCACCCCCCCGCUGCCGGGGGUCGGGGGUGGGUACCACCAGGAGGGUGCUGCCGUCCUCCCGCUUGCCACGUCGGGGCUGGACGAGCCCCGGCAGCAUGCGCCUGCGCUGCCUGCCUGCCUGCCUGCCUUCCUCCUCCUUCCUCCUCCUCCUCCUCCUCCUCCUCCCCCCCCUCCCGGCCCCUCCUCCCGGCUUUGGCGGUGCCGGCUGCCGGGAGCGGGCGGCCGGCGGGGCCGCUGCCGUCCGUGCCAGCCCCCGGGGUUAUGCCCGGCUGCAGGCGGGGAGCGGGGCCAGGGGCAGCCCGACCCAGGGAGGUCUCCGGCGGGGGCAGGGGACGGUGAUCUCCUCCCUCCCUCCCUCCCUCCCUCCCUCCUUGCCCGCCUCCCCCGGCUGCGGCGCGGGGAAGGGGUGCGCAGGGGCUCGGCGGCGGAGGAUGAGGAUGAUGAGGAUGAAGAUGCGGCGGGCCGGAGCGGAGCGGGGGUACCCGGGCAGCGCCUGGGUGUGCUGCUGGCUCCUGGGCUGGCAGGCGGCCGCCCUGCAGCUGCCGCCCUGCGAAGAGACAGAUUACCACUUCGAGUACACAGAAUGCGACAGCAGUGGCUCCAGAUGGAGGGUGGCUGUCCCAAAUCCGUCGGUGGAGUGCUCUGGACUACCCGACCCGGUGAAAGGGAAGGAAUGCACUUUCUCCUGUGCCUCUGGUGAAUACUUGGAGAUGAAGAACCAGGUAUGCAGCAAAUGUGCAGAGGGGACCUACUCACUGGGCAGCGGGAUCAAGUUUGACGAGUGGGAUGAGCUGCCGGCAGGAUUCUCCAACGUGGCGACGUUCAUGGACACGGCGGUUGGCUCGGCUGAGAAUAAAGCCGACAGCUGCAACAACUCUUCAUGGACACCUCGAGGGAAUUACAUAGAGUCGAACAGGGAUGACUGUACAGUUUCUCUCAUCUACGCUGUGCACCUGAAGAAAUCCGGUUCUGUCUUCUUUGAAUACCAGUAUAUUGACAACAACAUCUUCUUUGAAUUUUUUAUACAAAACGACCAGUGCAAAGAGAUGGAGUCCAUGGCAGACAAGUGGGUGAAGCUAACAGACAACGGGGAAUGGGGCUCUCAUUCUGUAACUCUGAAAUCAGGUAGCAAUAUAUUAUACUGGAGAACAACAGGGAUUCUCAUGGGGUCCAAAGUAGUAAAACCAGUUCUGGUGAAAAACAUCACAAUUGAAGGAGUUGCAUAUACGUCUGAAUGCUUCGCAUGCAAGCCUGGUACCUUCAGUGACAAACCAGGUUCAUCUGGGUGCCAGGAGUGUCCGAGAAAUACUUAUUCGGAGAAAGGAGCUAAAGAGUGCACCAAGUGUAAAGAAGAAAUGUAUUAUGCGGAUGAGGGAUCCAGUGCGUGUAUAGAGCGUCCUCCAUGCACAAACAAAGACUUUUUCCAGAUCCAUACCCCGUGUGAUAAGGAAGGAAAAACUCAGAUCAUGUACAAAUGGAUUGAACCCAAGAUCUGCAGAGAGGAUCUCCCCAAUGCAUUGACCUUGCCUCCUUCUGGAGAGAGGAAGGAUUGUCCACCCUGCAAUCCUGGCUUUUACAACAACGCCUCAUCUUCCUGUACUCCUUGCCCACCAGGCACAUUUUCGGAUGGGACACAGGAGUGCAAAGCCUGCCCUGCUGGGACUGAACCAGCGCUUGGGUUUGAGUACAAGUGGUGGAACAUCCUGCCAGGCAACAUGAAGACAUCUUGCUUUAAUGUCGGCAACUCAAAGUGCGAUGGGAUGAACGGUUGGGAGGUGGCUGGUGAUCACAUCCAGAGUGGGGCAGGAGGCUCUGACAAUGACUAUCUCAUCUUGAACCUGCACAUCCCAGGAUUUAAACCUCCGACGUCGGUGACAGGAGCAACUGGGUCAGAACUAGGACGGAUUACUUUUAUUUUUGAGACCAUCUGUUCAGCAGAUUGUGUGCUGUACUUCAUGGCGGAUGUUAAUCGAAAAAAUACUAAUGUGGUGGAAUCAUGGGAAAGAAGUAAAGAGAAACAAUCCUACACUCACAUCAUCUCCAAAAACGCUUCCUUCACGUUCACCUGGGCCUUUCAGAGAAUAAACGAGGGCCAAGAUAGCAGACAGUUCAUCAAUGACAUGGCAAAGAUCUACUCCAUCACGGUGACCAACGCAGUGGAUGGAGUCGCCUCUUCUUGCCGGGCCUGUGCGCUGGGUUCUGAGCAGUCCGUCUCAUCCUGUGUGCCCUGCCCUGCAGGACACUACAUCGAGAAGGAGACCAGCCAGUGCAAGGAGUGUCCGGUCAACACCUUCCUGUCCAUCCACCAGGUCUACGGCGGGGAGGCCUGCAUCCCCUGUGGGCCUGGCAGCAAGAGCACCAAGGACCACUCUGCCUGCUACAGUGACUGCCUGGUGUCGUACGUCAAGGAUAACCAGAGCCUGAAUUACGAUUUUAGCAACCUCAGCCAGGUGGGCUCGCUGAUGAGCGGACCCAGCUUCACCUCCCGAGGGACCAAGUUCUUCCACUUCUUUAACAUCAGCCUGUGUGGGAACGAGGGGAAGAAGAUGGCUAUUUGCACGGACAAUAUCACAGAUGUUACUCUGAAGGACAUGGUUGCAGAAUCAGAAGAUUUUUCCAAUUUUGUGGGAGCUUUUGUCUGUCAGUCCACCAUCAUCCCGUCGGACAGCAAGGGUUUCCGAACUGCCCUGGCUCUGCAGUCCAACAGCCUUGCCGACAGGUUCUUAGGAGCUACUGUUGAAACAACGCUGGAAAAUAUCAGCAUCGAGACAGAUAUGUUUCCUCCCUCUCCAAGCAAAAUACCUGACGUGCAUUUCUUUUACAAGUCUUCAACAGUGACGACCUCCUGUGAAAAUGGCCGUGCAACUGUUGUGACAAUGAGAUGCAACCCCAACAAACCAGACCAAGGAGAGCUUUCUGUGCCCAGUUCUUGCCCUGCAGGCACCUGCGAUGGAUGCACUUUCUAUUUUGUAUGGGAAAGUGCAGAAGCUUGCCCUCUCUGCACGGAGCAAGACUACCAUGAGAUCGAGGGAGCCUGCAAAAAAGGAUUUCAGGAAACCUUAUAUGUAUGGAAUGAGCCAAAGCAUUGCAUUAAAGGGGUUCCCUUGCCAGAAAAAAGGACCAGCGCUUGUGAAACAGUGGAUUUUUGGCUAAAAGUUGGAGCUGGUGUUGGUGCUUUCACAGCCGUUCUGCUCGUAGCUUUGACCUGCUAUUUUUGGAAGAAGAACCAGAAGCUGGAGUAUAAAUAUUCCAAAUUAGUGAUGACAGCGAACUCAAAAGAGUGCGAGCUGCCAGCUGCUGACAGCUGUGCUAUAAUGGAAGGAGAAGAUAAUGAAGAAGAAAUAGUAUAUUCAAAUAAGCAGUCACUGCUGGGGAAGCUCAAGUCCUUGGCGACAAAGGAAAAAGAAGAUAAUUUUGAAUCUGUUCAGCUGAAAUCUUCAAGAUCCCAGAAUAUAUGAAGAAUUAAUGCUGCCUUCAAAGAAACAAACCUAAUUUCUAUUUUUACAGGACCAUAUUUUAAACAUAUUCUGGCACACAUUGUAGUGGUGAUCUUGGUGAGAAAUGCUUGGCCAUUUAGGAGGAAAGAAGACAGGAAGCAAACUAGAAAAUUGGAUUGCCUUACCAUGUGAUUGAGUACCUUGCCAAAAAAAGAAAGCAGAUGCUUGGAUUCCAUACUGGGAAUGAAAUUCAACUCAGGAAGAGAUAUACAUACUGCAAAUAACAUGAAUUUUUUGCAUUCACCUGGGCAUUGCUUAAGCAUGCCAUAUGAUUUAUAGGUACCUUUCAUUUCCUGUCACUCCUUCUACUCGUAAGAAUUGAUUUUCAGAGAGGCCUGAAACCUCCCACAGAGGUUGCGUAUUGUCCUUUAGUAGCAUAACUGUGAGUGUCUCUUAAAAUCAAAAUUGUAAAUGGUACUGGGAAUGAACAUCAGGUGAGUCUUGAGCUUUGGAAAGUAUUUUUGAUUUUAAUACUUUGAAGAGUUGGAUGGUCUGCGUUGGCCUAAUGCAAGAGGUGUGGUGUUGCACCUGCAAGUUGAACCCAUUCUGAUGCUUAAGUCAUGGCCAUCAUGGUUGGGGUAAAACCUGGUGCUCUUAAAUUUAAGUGUGUUAACUGCUUUUGUAUGAAUUGUAGGUCUGGGCCCAUGAGUUUAUAGGGAGUAGCAGGCUCAAACUCUAUAAAGAGAAGGAAAGUGAUAUCUAAAGUGCAAGUUGCACUUGUCCCUCUCUGUGGCAUCUUGUCCCUCUCUGGAAUCUUGUCCUUUCAAGGGAGGUCGUUGACAGUUUCAGGACCCUCCCUUGGGCUGCCAAUAUGUCACCUUUCCCUGGGUUGCAAACCAACAAAGCCUGAACUACGGAGGUAAAGCAAGAAUCUCUACUUCUGGAAAUCGUGGGUGAGCUUUGGCGGUUGGGAGGCUUAUUAGAAAUGUUCAGCCACCCUCAUUCCUGGACCCACGCAAGGAACGAGGACAGAUGCCCGGCAGAGCUGAGCAUGGGUUAUGUACUUGUGCAGCUCAGCACCUAAAUGCUUUCUGCUGUCAGUGCAAGUACCUGUCUUGGAAGAAGGGCACAAAAUGGUGUCAUAAAAACUGGAGCCUGGGUGGACUUUUUCAUAAAAUCAGCCACAUUAUAAGCAUGUGAUCUUCAUAAUAUCCACUGUAAUAAUUUCCUGAAAUUCCCAUUGAGUUUGAACUCAAAGGAAUCUGAACCUUAGGCAAAAAAUAUUUGAGUAAAAUUAUGCAAGAUUUGUAUAGAGCCAGGAGAAAAUGAGGAAUGAUUCUUGUAUUGACCUCUGGUCAGAGUCAUAUUUUCAUUAUAGCAAAAUUACGUGAAUUGCUGAAUGCAUCAAAACCGGAAAAGACACAUGGGCAGAAAUGGUCUUUUUACUAUAAGGAAUACAGAUUUUUGAUUUUAUAUGAUUGAGUAGAUCUAUCAGUAAAAGAGGGCCCACUUUUAACUAAAAUUUAAAUUAAACUGAGUUUUCUGCACUCUAAAUAUUUUAUUAUACUAUAGAUGUGGACAAAAAUUUUAUGAAGUUUAGAUUUUAUUGUUUUGUUUUUGUUUUUUUUUUUUUUGUUAGGAAAAAUUCAGCUCAGUUAUUUUAUAUCUCCAGUCAAAGAACACAAGCUUUACUCUUUUGAUGGGAGAUACUUCAGGCAUCUUAACUGAAGUGGUGUACAUUUUUUGUUGUUCUUGAAAAGGCACUUCACUUUCCCAACAAAGAUUUUUAUGGGGUAUUGUUGAAUGUAUAUUAAAUACACAUUCCUUUUUGUAUAUUUUGUACCAUUGCACACUUAUUAUUGUACAUUGUAUUUGUCGUCAUGAUGUCAUUUAUAUAUGGUUGUCAAAGAUGAUAUGCUCACGGAGUAAAUGGUUAUGGCUUUGGGAUUUCACUUCUUGGAUCUUUUAUGAAGAGGGUUUUUAUGUUGUUGAUUUUUAUUCAACUAGUGUGCUGUAGCAUCAAAGAUAUAUAUCUGAUGGGCAUUCAUAAAAUAAAGUGAAAAUAUAUUUGAAAUUUUGGACUUGAGAUGUGUGGUGGAACUGCAGCCUUUCCUGGACAUUGCAGGUCUGCAGUGGUGGAUAGAGCUUUUCACUGCCAUCAAACUGCAUCUGUCUACGUCUCCUUUGUUUUUUUCCCUUCUCUCUCCAUAUGUUUUCCAAGCCAUAAUUACAGCUCAUUCUCCAGAACAUAAUUUUUUGUGUCAUCGCUGGACCCUUAUCUCCAAAAUGCCUUAAUUUUUAUGAACUAUAUUUAUUUUGACUUCAUACCGCAGCGAGUUUGUUUGCUUCCUUUCUCUUUCCCUUUUAUUUUCCAAAUAAAGUACAGAGUGGAAAUUUUUUGUCAGCUCUGACUGACUUUGCUACGACCCUUGUCAGCUCUGCUUCCAAAUGGUUUGUUAUGAUAUUGUUGAAAAUCCUUCCAGACAAUCUAAUAGCGUAUCUGGUACAGUGCUAACUUAGUGGGAUACAAACCAAUACUGUAGACUUUAUUUACCUUAAGAUAAGAAAAUGUAAUUUUCCAACAAUUCAGCAAGUUAAAACUGGCAUAUUUUAGCUGACUUCUGCUAUUCUUUUCUUUCUGUUAAAGAUAUAGUAGAGAAGGGCAGUUUCCAUUUUCCAGUAAGAGGCAAAUUUUGGAAGCCUUUAACACUUCAUUAAGAAAUCAGCUGUCUGUGACCUCUUCUAGUACUCUGCCAAAAUAUACUUACAGCAACCUCCCCCUUUUUCCCACAUGGAAUCACAUCAGAAACUGUUAUUUGAUGCCAUAAAACAAUGUGAUCAGUCUGUUAUGUGUUCACUUGAUUAAACGGAAUGCAUUUUAUUGCUGCAUUUGCACGCUUUUCUUUGAAAUCUGGAGUCAAGCAACUGAAUCUCUUCGAGGAUUAAGCACAUUUUAGUGGUGUCUCUGUAUAAAUUAUUGGCAAAUUAGCAGAAUGUUAUUGUCUCAGCUUUGACAGUGCUUGCUAGGGGGGAAAUGUGCAAAUGUAUUCUGUCUUGGCUCUGAUUAUGUUGGUUGACGUUUGUAAUAUAUAAUACGAUUGAUUAAGAGUCUAGGCUUGGGGAAAAUUAAGUGUCUUAGAGUCAUAAAGGGAAGUUACUGAGUAGCUUCAAGGAGCUGUCAUCUUUGUUCAAAGAAAGGAUUUGACUACUUGCUCUUGAAAAAGAGGUUCUGAGACUCUUCAUUAGUAAGGGAAAGUUUGCAGUUUUUGGCUUGCCUGUCCUGCCAGAGCUAGUAGUACCCAUAAGAUGGAGAUACUUAAUUAUAAUCAGACAAGAUAGCAGCAGAUGUUGCCAUUUAGGAGCCAGCGGUUGUUGACUCAUCCCCAGCAGUGGUCAACACAAAGUGCUUCAAUGUAAGAGUAAAAACAGCUACAAUUGGUGCUGACAUGCCAACGGGGAUGACAUUUUUCCUAAGCAAGGAAUGCCGCUCGUUGGUCCAUAUCAUGAAGCACGGAGGCCUUAAAUAUCUAUUCUAUAUAAUGUAACAGGGAAUGAUAACCUCAAGAGAAAUCUUGGGAAGUUCUGCUUAUCUUUGGUCGUCUCUCUCAGUCUUUCCCCUUGUAUGCUUCUUUCACUGAAUCCCCUUGUUUUUAUUUCUUGCUGCUUUUGAAUGCUUGUGAACUGUGCUUCUUUGGCAAGCAUGUAAGGAGGUAGGAACAGACGUAAAACGAGGUCAGGCUCAUCCUAAAAUACACAGUGUGUGUCACAACAUACGGUGACAUCCCCAGUCACCUGGUUGGAUGUGCCCACACUGAAUACGUGCAGGAGGAGCGAGGGAGACAUGAGAAUUGAGUUGAUCAUAAGCUGCCACUGUGUUUUGGUUAUUUCUCUGGAUGUACAGAGUUGGAUGUCAUCAGGAAGAAAACUCCAAGGUCUCAUAUACUGGGUGCUCUAACAGCACCUGAAACCAAAGCGAGGUUGGGUGGAUGUGUGUUUGCUUGAAUAAAAGAUGUGCAAGAGUGACCUCUGAGAGUUUUGAUGUUAUAUACAUCCCAUUCUGGCCCUUGCCUUCUUCCAUAUUUAAAAUGGCAAUGUGCUAGAAAGUCAUUAUCUGCUUGCCGUUGUUGCCUCUAAAGGAGGGGUUGGUGUGUGUAGGGAAGUGGCACCGCUGGGGCGAGAGAAGACCUUUCCUGACCCUGCCACUUCCUUAGAGGAAGGAGAAGAGAGAAGAUGAGCACUCCAGGCCGCCCCCCCAGCCUUUGCUUCCUACCCAUCCCCUUCCUAUUGCAAAACCAGCCCAGCCUGGCCUUGGCCUCUUUCCUUCUUGCAGUGACAAAGCUCAGCUCUGCCUGUGUUGCUGAGAAGCUUUGAGGUGGCUGUGGAUAAACAGCUUCUGCCUUUCAUCUUGCGGACCCAAGCAUUAAUGAGUAGGCAAUGACAUCAUGGGCAUCAGACUGUGUUUGGUGAUGAGUUAAGGGUUUGUUUUCGUCUCCCUUACUCUAAGUGUACUAAUUGGGUGAAGGAUUGCAGCUCUUUACCACAGCUGAGAUUUCUGGGUGGAGUCAGGAUAUUUUGGACAUUUUCUGCUCAUUUUGGGGAUUUGUUUUGUUUAGGUAGAACAUGACAUUUUUAAAAUAGGUUUUGACCAUUUUUCAUUUUGAAAGGACAACUCCUUUUGAAAUUUCUCUGGCUAUGCCUGAAACCAGUUGUAUUCAAUUAAUUCAGGAAAAAUAACCACUUGAAGACAAAAUAAAAUCUUUUGGUUUGCCACAGUAGAUUUUUGUUUUGCUUUCAAAUUUCACUCAAGAUUUAAAAAAACCCCACCUCUCCUACAAAAAAAAAAAAAUAUCAACCAAGAACAAAGACAAAAAAAAACGCCAAAGCUUGUUUACUUCAGAUUGACUGGCGAUGAUUUUUUUGAGUCUUAUUUUUCUGCUCAGCCAAUAAAUAAAAAGUGAUCAGUUUUCCACAGACCUUUCUGCACUCUUGGUUUGUGUCAGGUACUCUGAAGUUAUGGUUUCUGAUGACAAAUAAAUAAACUUUUCUGCAGCCUCCAGUAAGGCACCACAGAUUCUGGGUUAAGCCUUGCUCUCGUCCCCAGCGUUUCCCCGCGUUGGCUACCUGCAGGGCUCAGAGCAGUGUGACGACUCUUCAGGCUCCCAGCCAAGGUACCUGAGGCUUCCCUCCACCAUGCAAGGAACCGUGACAGAACCCACUGUGCUUUGAGGUGAAUUACUCAAGUCUUUAUAUAUGGUGGGAGCGAUGAAGAGACCAGAAGAGUUUUCUGCUCUGAAGCCAAGUUUUACA